AUUAUAACAAUAUUAUCCAGGGUCAACAAUAUCAAUAACGGCGGAACCCGUCGAACAACGACAGUAGCAACAACAACAACAACAACACCGACAACAACAACGACAACAUCGGUCAACAGUGGUAUUUCAUGAUAUUAUUGUCACGCGGCCGAUCGUUCCCGGUUCCCCGUAUCACGGAUAAUUCGCCGCCGCCGCCGCCGACCGGGCCGGCGCGUUGGAGUCGUCGGCGUCGUCUCUCCGGACGCCGCGCAGUCGCCUUCCGCCGCACUCGUCCCGACUCCCGACGGCACGUCAAUCAAUACUCCGCUCGCUACGACGGUACCCUACGACACGUACGCCGCCCGCCAAACGUCGCUACGCGCCAGGUCUACCGCUGCGCACCGUUCAGACGGACAUCCACACCCACAUCGACGUGUGUUUAGCGUUCGUCGUCGUCGUCGUCGCGGGUGUGUGCUCGGGAGAUAGGAUCAGCGACGGGCCGCGGUGCGAGAGUGCAAAGUCGUCGUCGUCGUCGUCAUGGGUUCGUACCUGAACAAACCGAAAACGGACAAGGAAUCCGAGGACAUGGAGAACGACCUGCUCAUGUGCGGCGUCAGUUCGAUGCAGGGCUGGCGCGAGAAACAAGAGGACGCCCACGUCUGUUUGGUGGACUUCGAUGAUGACAUGUCGCUCUUUGGCGUCUUUGACGGACACGGCGGCGCCGAAGUGGCGCAGUAUGCCGUUGAGAUGCUGCCUUCACUGAUCAAAAACGAACUGUUCGAACAAGGCGAAUACGAAAAAGCACUGGUCAAGGCUUACAUGGAUUUCGACGACAGUCUAAUUGAACCGCCAGUAUUAAGGAGGCUGAGAACUCUUCGAUUGAAAAACGGCAAAACAGAAGAGAGUGGGGAGAAAAUGUUAACAUGGAUUCUAAAAUUUUUUGAUAAUGGCGAUGUAGAUGAAAAAAAACUUGUUGAAACGGAAUUGGCUGGAAAAGACAGUGGUUGUACAGCAGUUGUAGCUUUAUUGGUAAAAAAUAAGCUUUAUGUGGCUAAUGCGGGGGACUCUAGAUGUGUGGUGUCUAUUGGCGGCAAAGCCCAUGCGAUGUCAAAAGAUCAUAAGCCUAGAGAUAAAUCCGAGUUGAAGAGAAUUCUUGCAGCCGGUGGAAGAGUUUCAAGUGAUGGAAGAAUCAACCAUGGUCUUAAUAUGUCUCGAGCUUUAGGUGAUCAUAUGUACAAGACAAAUAGUUUAUUUCCAAAUACCAAGCAAAUGAUCACUGCUCUACCUGAUGUACAAGCCAUUGACUUGACACCAGAAAAUGGCGAUUUUAUAGUUUUAGCGUGUGAUGGUAUUUGGAACUCGUUGUGCAGCCAGAAAGCAGUUGAUUUUAUAUCAAAUCGUAUUCACUGUCCAGAUGUCAAAUUAUCAUUAAUUUGUGAAGAAUUAUUUGAAGUAUGUUUGGCCCCUGAUACACCAAAUGCUGGAGUUGGCUGUGAUAACAUGACUUGUAUCAUUGUGAAGUUCAAACAUCACCAGAAACGUUCACUUACGGAUGAUGUAGAAGAAGAAUCUGAUCUCGUUACUGACUGUAAGAAACCUAAAUUGGAUGUGACAGCACCUGAAUCUGUAGAUUAAUAUUGCAUCUGACCUUCAACUUCUCCGUGAGUCACACGCAUGUGACAAAUUUAAUUAAAUUUCUCUCGAUGAUUUGUCAUAAGAUUAAUCUAGACACAUUAUAUUGUAUUUUUCAUAAUUUAAAUUUCAUUUUUAUUAGAGUAAAUUUUAUUUAUUUUAAGUAACUAGUUUUAAUCACUUAUAUUUAAUUUAUUUAAAUAUAUUAUAUUAUAUUAUAUUAUGAGGAUGCUAUGCCCGCAUGACGUGUUGUGUCUGUCACUCUAAUAUUAAAUAUUUGCUACAAAAUGUGCCAUGUUGUUAUUCAUCUGUAAAAUGGAGUUAACUCAUGCGGUUA